AUGGCUGUGCAUCGGUCGUUCGUGGCCGUGGCCUUGAUCUGGUUGAGAAUCGCCAGCAUAGUGAGUUGUUUGACUGUCAAGGGCAUCCCAUUCCCAAGCCUCCUUGAUGUCACGAUUGACGAGUUGGCCGAAGGCCUGGAAAAUGGCCUCUUCACCAGCGUCGACCUUGUGCAUGCCUAUCUAGGUCGCAUCAGUCAAGUCAACAGCACACUGAAUGUCGUGACGGAAGUGAAUCCGGAUGCACUUUCCAUUGCAUCCGAUUUGGACGCUCAGCGCGCCAAUGGCACCAUCAAAGGCCCUCUCCACGGGAUCCCCAUCCUCAUCAAGAACAACAUCGCGACUGCUGAUCAGAUGAACAACACUGCCGGCUCAUGGGCGUUGCUUGGAGCCAAAGUGCCGCAGGAUAGCUUCAUGGCAAAGAAACUUCGCGAAGCUGGCGCCAUCAUCCUCGGCAAGACCAAUCUGAGCCAGUGGGCCAACUAUAGAAGCAAUAACACGAGCAAUGGCUGGUCCGCCUACGGCGGGCAAGUAUAUGCUGCGUACUAUCCUCAACAAGACCCCAGUGGAAGCUCCAGUGGCAGCGGAGUUGCUUCCGACUUAGGCCUUGCCCUCGCCUCUUUGGGCACUGAGACCGAUGGCUCAAUCGUAUCACCAUCUCAACGGAAUAACCUUGUGGGCAUCAAACCCACCGUCGGUCUCACAUCAAGACAUUUGGUGAUCCCGAUCAGCGAGCACCAAGAUACCAUUGGACCGAUGGCCCGAACGGUCAAGGACGCGGCAUAUAUCCUGCACGCAAUCGCGGGGUCAGAUUCCAAAGACAACUACACGUCUGCGAUUCCCAACAACGGCGAGAUCCCCAACUACCCUGCGGCCUGCGACAUGUACGCCCUCCGUGGAGCUCGUAUCGGCAUUCCGCGCAACGCCAUUGAGCUGUUCUCCGACAACACGACAGGGACGGAGACCGAUGCCUUCGAGAAAGCUCUGGGAGUGUUCAGAACCGCAGGGGCUACGAUCGUGGAUAAUGCAAACUUCACGGCUGCGCAGCAGUUAGCGCAGUCGAAUUCGGAAACCAUCGUGCUUAAUGCCGACUUCAUCACCAACCUGGCCGCCUACCUCGGCAAGCUGAACUACAACCCCAACAACCUGACUUCACUCUCUGACUUGCGUGAGUUCACGCAAUCACACGAGCUUGAGGAUUAUCCCGAUCGUAAUACGGCCAUCUGGGACGAGGCUCUCGACGAGCAGGGGUUCAACAACACUGACCCACGGUUCUGGGCGGCAUUGCAGGAGAGCGAAUACCUCGGCGGCGAAGGUGGGCUAUUUGGUACGCUGGCGAGGCAUAACCUUGACGCAGUGAUAUUGCCGACCAGCUUUUCGAGUACAUGGGCUGCGAUUGUUGGGGCACCUGUCGUGACGGUUCCGCUCGGAUUCUACCCCGCGAACGCGACAGUGGCCAUGAACAGGAGGGGCAAUCUAGUGGACACUGGGCCACACGUUCCUUUUGGAAUCAGUUUUCUGGGGGCUAAGUUCCAGGAGGCGAAGCUCAUCGGAUUAGCAUAUGCCUAUGAGCAGAGGACGAUGACCAGGUCCAAGGUGCAGCCGUACAUUACACCCAAUAUUGAGAUUGGGGAUUAUGCUGGUUAUUGA